AUGCCUGUGGUGGAUCACGAAGCUCGGGUUGUGAAAGUGUUCCAGUUGCCUGUAAUGGACUCUCAGCCACAAUUUUGGGCUCAACAAGAAGUACAGACCGAACCACCUUCCCCACCAACAGAACAGGGCGUACAUGAAGUUAAUGCGCAAGCUGAAAACCUUCUGCAAUUAAUUCAAGCAAACUUCAUGUGCCCAAUUGUGGCCCCAGCGACUUACUGCCCGGAAGGGCAUGCUGCCUGUAUAUAUUGCUUAAUGCAAUCGGCCUUGCACCAAGGCUUUGAGAGAUGCCCAGAUGCUGUGGUGUCCUUGAUGGAUGGAAUUUCCCGAGAGUUCGUAGAUAUUUCCACUGAAGAUGGGGAGUCACAGGAAGAUGAAUUGAGGUCCUAUGCACGUGGACCUAUACGGGAUAAUUGGCAAGUUCGAUCCAGGCUUCCUGGACUUGGGUCGCAUUGUUUCAUGGGCCCGUACCCAGCUGCCAGCCUCAUCGACUCCACCUGCAGUCAGAACCUCGUACCAGCCUGCAUCCACAGUUGGUACCUCAGCCGAGCUUCCCAUCUUACUGGAUUAGAUGCUUCCCAUCUGGAGACAACCUCUUACAGAUAUGUCACUACUCAGCCCUUCACAGUUCAUCAGAGACUGCCAGCCCCGGUCAAGCUUUUGAUAUCCAGCAAUGUGCAACUACUCAAAUAA